AUGUUAGAAAUCAAAAGUUUUGCGUUUUGGAGGGCCGUUGUGGCCGAGCUGCUUGGAACAACCGUGUUCGUCUUUGUUGGCCUUUUGGCUAUGGUGGGAAACCAGCAGAACUCUUUCCCCGACCAAGAGGUGAAAGUGGCGCUUGCGUUUGGUUUGGCUGUGGCCACCUUAGCGCAGUGCACGGGUCACAUUAGUGGCACCCACCUGAAUCCUGCGGUCACUCUGGGUUUCCUCUUCACCUGCCAGAUGAGUGUCCUCAGAGCCUUUUUCUACAUUAUAGCCCAGGUUUUGGGUGCGCUGGCUGGCAGUGGAAUCGUUUAUGGUGUUAAACCAGAAAACACGCCGUCACUUGGUGUCCCCAAGCUAUAUGGAGUCAGCACAAGUCAAGGAUUUGGAAUAGAAUUCCUGCUCACCCUCCAGCUGGUCCUGUGUGUUAUAGCCGUCACUGACAAUAGACGGGAUAUGCACGGGUUUGCACCUCUGGCUAUCGGCUUGUCCGUCGGGGUUGGACACCUCGCUGGGCUCAGCUACACAGGGUGCGGCAUUAACCCUGCUCGCACCUUUGGCCCUGCGGUCAUUCAGCAGUCUUUUGCGGAUCACUGGGUGUACUGGGUAGCACCGAUGAGUGCAGGCGUGGUUGCAGCGUUUCUGUACGACUACAUCCUGUCGCCCAGCUCGGCGCCUUUCAGAGACAGAGCAAGAAUCCUCCCCUGCUGGAGCUCUGACCUGGAAGCUCAGAUGCGGGAGCCCCUGCUGGAGGGCGCUCAAGCUUCAUGA